CCCCAGCCCCCAAUGACCUAAUCGGCUAAUCCCUUUUCUCUACCCUUCUAUCGCUUCCCCCAACUCUCGAAGCCGCGUCUCAGCCGACAGCAACUCGAGUCUCCGACGAAGACGACAGUCGACAACUGCCUUCCGACCACAAAGCUGCUGUCGACGACAUCGGAAGACUCCGCGUCUCCUCUCUGGUCAACGCCUCCGCCCUUGCCGACGACGAAGCUGCUGCCCGAUCUCCGCCUCUGCCCCUGCCGAGGACGAAGCUGCUGCACGUUCUCCGCCUUAGUCUCCCCUGUGAACCAAGGAGUGCUGUUUGAAAUCUAGACCUCAAGACUUGAGGUUGCAUCUAGUACAAUGGCAAAACAUGGAAAAGCUUCAGUUGAUGCUAAAGCUCUUACUAAAACGAAAAAUAUGAGAAGAAGAAAGAAGAUAUCAAAGAAAAAUAAAUCAUUGAAGUCUUCUAUGCAGGGAAGAAAUUGUGAAGUUCGAGAUUUGGAACAUCAAGAUUCUGAGCAGCAUGAUAGCACCCUGAUAUCUCAGCAUAACAAUAAACGCAAGGGUAAAAGAACUGCUCUUCCACAAUCUCAGGAUCUGCUAUUGCAAUCUCCAUCAGCGGCUAUUUUAGAAGUUUUAGAAGACCUCCAUAGGGCAGAAGGACCAUCAACGAGUAGUUCUGAACUAAACAGUCACAAUAAGACCUUUAUUCAGCCUAUUGGCAAUACAACAUUCGAACCUUGUAGUGUGCACACAGAUAUUAUGCCUUGCGUUAAGCGGAUAUUCCCCGAGGCAGUUAAAACUUUUAAAACUGCUCCUCAACAUCUUAAGGAUGCUUGGUUUAAUGAAUUCAAGAAACGGCAUGAAUGGGAUCCUAAUGACGAGGAUACUGUUCGAAUGAUAUUUGAGAAAAGGGCUGCUAAAUUGCUUGCUGACGCGUUAAGUGAUGUGCGCACAAGAUUGGCAUUAGGAAGUGGAGUACCAGGAUGGAUAUCUGAUCAUGUAUUGGCACAAUACCAGGUCAUAUGGAACAGUAACGAAUUCAAGAAGACAAGUGAGAAGAAUAAGCGUAAUAGGAAUUCAGAUUGUGGAGGAUUAGGUCCAUCGUUACACACGGCAGGUUCUAUCCCUAUCACCGAACAUAGAAGAAGACUGAAAGAAAAGCUUGGAAAGGAACCUACUCAUAUAGAACUAUUCAAUGCUACGCACCAACAUAAACAGGGAGGAGGAUAUGUAUGCCAAAAAGCACAGCAAGUAAUUGAAACUGUGACUCACUUGAAGCAAACACAACCUGAAGUGGCAGAAGCAGAAGUGUGGUUGGAGGCCACUGGUGGCGUGAGGAAAAUGGGGUACGUUUCAGGAUUUGGGUCGGAUACUCAACACUACUUUCCAGAGGCUACGAUACAACGGAAAUUAAAGAUUGGACCAUCAACUUCACAUGUAUCUUGCGAAGCUCGAAUUAAGGAAUUAGAGGAUCAGAAUCGAGCGCUGCAACAGCAGCACCAGGAUAUGGAAGAGCAACACCGUAGUAUCCGCGAGACCGUCCAGAAAAUGGAAGCAGCAUUUGCCCACCUCAGUCAGUUUAGUGUUAAUCUUAGUAAUCAUGGUCCUAACUUGGAUGGUAUGCGCAGUAAUUCCGACCAAUUACCGACCACCAGUGGUAACCAAUUACUGACCACAAGUGGUAACCAAUUACCGACCACCCGUGGUAGGAAAUACGCUCUCCGUAUCCGACCCCCAAUAGUUCCGACGUCUUCAAAAAGAAGUCGGUAUUUCCGACCAUCUUGACUAGUGGUCGGUAAUACGAGGGCCUUUUUUCCGAAUCCAUAAAGUAGUCGGUAAGUUGGUCGGAAAUUGUGUUUCUGAUCGGAAAUCUCCUUUUUCCGAUAACUUUUUGGUGGUCAGAAAAAUGAAUAUUUCCGGCAGGGUCUUUCAUCUAUGUUUGAAAAAAAAAAAUGCUAUUUUAGUAUGUCUUUCAUCUAUGUUUGAAAAAAAAAUGCUAUUUUAGUAUGUCUUUCAUCUAUGUUUGAAAAAAAUGCUAUUUUAGUAUGUCUUUCAUCUAUGUUUUAUUAGUCCGUUUGUAGUC